AUGGAAUCACCAACCACAACGGAGACGACCUUACAGAACCAUGAAGAGACCGAGACAGAGUCAACAGAUCUCGACAAGAAUCAGAAACGCUACCAAAACCUCAUCGCCACGUUACCUCAAGAGAAAGGCUGGCGACCAAAAGCUUCCCUGAUUAACUACAGUGGCCACUGGUUCUCACAACCUCGCCUUGAAGGUUGCCUUCACGCGCAAGACUUCUUCAAAGCUCGACCAAUUGACUUCUUCCUCUGUAGCUACCCAAAGACAGGUACCACUUGGCUCAAAGCUCUUACUUUCGCCAUCGUCAAUCGAUCUCGCUUCAACGACUCCACAAACCUUCUCCUAAAACAUAACCCUCACGACCUAGUUCCUUUCAUUGAGAAAGACUUCGCUUCCGUUCAAAACGACAAAGCGAACACUCUCUUCUCUGCUCAUCUCCCACACCAUUUACUACCAGAAUCGGUUUCGAAAUCUGGUUGUAAGAUGGUUUACAUAUGGAGAGACCCAAAGGACACUUUCAUAUCCACGUGGAGUUUCAUUCAAAAGCUAGCUAUAGACAAUGGCCCUAUCAACAUUCUUGAAGAGUGUUUUGACAUGUUCUGUCGAGGUGUUUCUAGCUACGGUCCUUAUCUAGAUCAUGUCUUGUCGUAUUGGAAAGCUUACCAAGAAAAUCAAGAACAGAUCUUGUUCCUCAAGUAUGAGUCGAUGAGAGCUGAUCCUUUGCCGUACGUUACAAGAUUGGCUGAGUUUAUGGGUUUAGGGUUUACAAGCGAGGAAGAGAAGGAAGGGGUUGUUGAGAAAGUUGUGAGCCUUUGUAGUUUCGAGACGUUGAAGAACCUUGAACACAACAAACUGGAGAAACCACAAGAACGUACUAGUUCUUUUGCGAAUAGUGCGUUUUUCAGGAAGGGAAAGGUCGGAGAUUGGCAGAACUAUUUGACUCCGGAGAUGGUCACUAGAAUUGAUGGAUUGAUGGAGGAGAAAUUCAAAGGCACCGGUUUGCUUGAACAUGGUAAGUAA